AUGGCAUUUUUAUAUAAUGACGGAUGUGUAGAAUCUGAAGGAGAUAUCACCAAAUGUUCUAUGAAUAUAUGUCAAAUAAGUCAAAAAAAAUUUCAAACAUCAUAUUGUAGAAUUCAGCCACCCGUAGUUCAUAUAAAGAAAUCUUUAAAUAAUAAUUUAAAUGAUCUUUCAAAAAAUUUAUUUACAUACGAAUUUACUCCAGCAAAUUUUCAUUCUAGGAUAAUUAUUCUUUCAAAUAAUGAUAAAGAUGGUAUUUUGCUUCUGUAUGAAUAUAAUCCAAAUCAUAAUCAAUAUCCAGAUAAAACAUAUUUAUGCCUCCUUAGAAAUAUAAAUCAAAAGUUAACAUUAUGCGAAGCCGUUAAUAUAGAAUAUUUUGGAAGAAGUCUUACGUUUGACUCUUAUGACUUUAUUAAUGAAGAAAAUAAAAAAAUUAAUAUGAUUAGUUUAAGAAACCCCAAUCAUAAAAUUAUUAAAUCAAAAUAUGAUAAGUUUAUAUUUAAAGAACAUUAUUGCCAUCAUAUAAAAACAAAAUAUAUUUCACAUUGUACUAAAAGGAAUACCAUAUGUAAAAAAAUUAAUAAUGAUCAAUUGCAGUGUACCGACGCGAAUUAUAGCGGAAGUUUAAUUAAGUUAGAUUAUGUUGAGUAUUAUGUUUUAAAAAGAAAACAUAUAUAUCUUCCCAGUGGUUGCUUAAAAGAAAAUUUAAAUCCUGUAUGCACUCCACAUAUAUGCGUAAGCCAUGCUAUUAAUGAAUUUUAUGAAUGCGAAUAUGAAGAAAUCAGUGUUAUAAAAAACAUAAGGCCAAUAAAUAACAUAAGACCAAUAAAUAACAUAAGGCCAAUAAAUAAAUUAAGGUCAAUACAUAUCAUAGAGCCAAAUUCAAAAAAUUUACCCGUGAUGUCAUUAAAGCAUAAGGAUAUUUCUCAUAAAAAUAGUUUUGAUAAUGCUGCACUCUUUGCAAUGUCUUUUAUGUCUUUUCUAGUUAUAUUCAUUUUUUUUUUUUGCCUUUUAUAUAGGACUUUUAGAAAAAAGAGAAGAAAAAUAAAUUAA